AUGAGUUCUUUCCAGCCUGCCAUUCUGUCAGCAUCGCUCGGCCGAGCAUGGCUCCACGACUUCGCCAACAAAGCCAAACAAGCUUCGGAACAUGGCUUCCAAGGCAUCGAAGUCUUCUACGAGGAUCUUGAAUAUGAAGCCAAAAGACUACACAGUGUCGAAACUCCCAGCAACGACCAGAUUCUUGACGCGGCAUCGCAUAUCCGGGAGUUGUUGGAUGGCUUGAAGCUUACAGUCAUUGGUCUUCAGCCUUUCUUGUUUUAUGAGGGUCUCAAGGACCGCGAGCAACACGCUCGACUGAUUGAAAAGAUCAAAUUAUGGUUCAAGAUUGCAAGGAUCUUGGGUACCAACACGAUUCAGAUUCCUGCCAACUUCCUCCCGGCUGAUCAAUUGACCGGCGAUAUGGAUGUUAUAGUGGGAGAUCUCGUCGAACUAGCUGACCUGGGUAUUGAACAAGAUCCCCCAAUUCGUUUUGCAUACGAGGCUUUGUGCUGGAGUACGCAUGUCGAUACUUGGGAGAAAUCCUGGGAAGUGGCCCAGAAGGUCAAUAGGCCUAACUUUGGUCUGUGCCUCGACACAUUCAAUAUCGCCGGACGUGUCUGGGGCGAUCCAGCUUCUCCAACUGGCAAGACACCCAACGCCGACCAAGGCCUCAAAGAAUCCUUAGAGAGACUUGUCAAGGAGGUCACUCUCGACAAGGUAUUCUACAUCCAAGUCGUCGAUGCUGAAAGAAUGGAAGCCCCCUUGGUCAAAGGACAUCCAUUCCAUGUUGAUGGAAACCCAGCUAGGAUGAACUGGUCGCGAAAUGCUAGGGCUUAUAUGUAUGAGACGGACCGAGGUGCAUAUCUCCCAGUUGAAGAGAUUGCCAAGGUGUUGAUUCAUGAUAUGGGAUAUAAGGGAUAUGUCUCAAUGGAGUUGUUCUCACGAACUAUGGCUGAGGAGGGGGAGGAUGUUCCGAAGCAGCAUGCCGAGAGGGGCAUCGCAGCUUGGAAGAAGUUCGUUGAGAGGUUGAAGUUGAACGAGAUCUAG